UUUUUGGGUUUAGAAAAAUUGUAUAAAAGAUACAAUCAAUUGGAUUAGAAUUCAGUUCCGUUCAAAAAUUAGUGGUAGUUAAAAGCUUUUUCUAAUUUCUCAAUAGUUACGUUCUAAUAGGAAACGAAUUAGAUUAAAAAUGAAUUAUUUUUUCCUGAUCUCCUAUACCUUGAUAUUUUUUCUUGGCCUCGAACCACAAAGCUUGUGUAAGGCUGAUGACAGUCCUGGAUUUUUUGUGAAAAUUGCCAAAAAUGUUCCACGUUUGGGCAGGCGUUCUGAUAAACCGUUUACAAGGAGAUUCUUUAGGAAUUACAAAAUCAUACCCCGCAUUGGAAGGAGUGUCGAAGAGCUGCCGAAAAGUGAUUCCCUUAACAAUUGGCUAGACACUCCCUUCACCGUGCACAUGGAAAAACGUCUACACUACAGCCCUGCCAGUAGGUUUGUCGACCAAGAUUUAUCUUUGCUGCAACCAGUCAAUGCCGCAACUCUCAAGGAACUCAUUGACUCACAUACCAUUGCCAGAGAAAAUGUCAAAUUUAUUCAUUGGAAAGAUUUCGAUCGGGCCCUACAAAUGGACCCAGAGCUAUUUGGUAAAAUCAGUUCCAUUGGUCGUACGCCAGAUCAACAUUUAAAAGAUAAUUUGUCGAAAGAAAACUUUACACCAGUACUAAAAAAUAUGAUGGAUUCAGAUGGUACGGAUUUUGUCCUUUAUACCCAAGGAGAGAAUGAUCAGGGAGUGUAUGCUCCAGAAUUUCUGCGCUACAAUAUUAUGUAAUGUUAAUUUUGUGAUAAAGAGAGGAAGAGAAAUGCUUUCAUUGUGUAAUAAAUGUAA